AUGGCCGCCACAAAAACGCCUGCGCAACAGGCACCACCUCCACAGGCACCUCCCUCAAUUCAGAACAACACCGGUCGUAUCAAGUACGCCGAUCCUCGCAGCUUGCCUAGCUUUCCUUCAUCUGGCUUGGCUCCCGACGGUGCUGCCGCCAGCGCCGCCGCGUCGCUUGGCUGGUCUAAUCAAAAACCCGUCAACCUCUGGAAGCCGGAUCCCUCAUCUUCUGCUUCUGCGGCAGCUGUCUUGGCCAAGAAUUACAAAAUGUCACCACUAUGGGAACCAUCCGCCCAAUCUGACGGGCAGAAAGCUGCGCUACUAGCCGUUGGCUCUGCCGGCGCAGCCCUCAAGUCAAGCACUGCUCAUUCUGGCCCGUCCCAAGGAACUUGGGGAAACUCGGCUGCAGUCAAAGCUUUCCACGCCAAUCGACCAAGCGACGGGGGUUCAGCGGGUGGUCGGGCGCAACGAAAUGCCUCCGCGGCCCAGGCAUCCGACGCGAAUCAACCCCGGUCACCCAAAAAGGACGAGAGGGCAAAAAUCCCCCCUGGAAGCAAGUCGCUCGCUGCCGCCAAGGGCGCCAUGAACCGUCCUGUCUCCGUCACCGGACUGAAAGAUGUUCAGGCAUCUGAAGCAAGCGCCGCCGCCAGCGCGCUCAAUGGAGCUACUUUGGCCCAUCGACAGUCCAUAAAGCAGCAAACGAAGCCAAACCUGGAGGAUGUCGGUGCCGUUUCUGUCACAACCAUGACUCGAAACAUGUUCACUGCUAACCCCCCCGUGAAACCCGAGGUUGACGAGCGCACCUACAACGAAAAAAUUCACCAAUCUGCAGUGGAAAUGGCCAAAAAGAUGUAUGCACGGCAACAAAUCACGGCCGAGCAGACCAAAUGCUCCCAGUCCGGCAACUUGGACAAAGCGCAGCCGAAUCAGUACUUGAACCUUCAGGAUGCGGCCUACAAGCAAGCCCAAGCUCGUCUCGCCAAGCUCCAUGACGAAUAUCAGCAGGGCCGCGAAAUGCAGGAAUACUACGGCAAAGAGCAGACGAGCCCCAAGCGCCGCUCCUCCAUAAUCAACAAGCUUCGCCGCAGAGGUUCCGACAGUGAUGGCUCCUUGGAUGAUCGGCAACAGUCCGAAAGGAUUCGGGAGCAAAUGUCCAUGUUUUCCAGCAAGCUGUCGCAAGUGGACAAGGAAAAACGGGACAAGGAUCGCGAAGCCCUCAUGGCCGCGGCCCAGCGCAACGUCAAAGCCAGGCUUCACGGCAUGGACGAAAAAGUAUAUCAGGACACGGGCAGGGCGACGAGUUCCAGUUUGAUGACCGAUUGGGAGGCAAAGGCCCACAAGGCCGCGCAAACUCUCCACGUCUCUCACGCAGACAAGAACAAGGACAAGGUUGACAUUGGAGGGGGAAUGUUCAUGACGCAAGAGGAAAUCAACGCCAUUGCAUCCAAAAGGAUCCAGCCUGUUCUUGACGAUAUCAAGGGUAAAGCCGAGACUGAACGCGAGCGACAAGAGGUGCUCAAGCUGGAAGAGCAGGCCAGACGUGAGGAAGCCGAGAAGCAAAAGUUGCGAGACCGCGAAGCCAAAGAAAUAGUGAAGAAAUCCAAAGAACAAGAUAAGCAAGAAGAAAAGGCCAAGAAACUGCAAGGAAAGUUGGAGGAAAAGCAGCGAAAGGACGAUGAAAGGGCCAAGAAGGAGGGAGAAAAAGCCGCCAAAGCCGAGCAAAAGCGACUCUCCAAGGAAUUGGCAAAAGAAGACAAGCGCAAAUCCAAACUUGGCCCCGUGUUAGCCGUCACCGUUGCGACCUCGUCCCUUCAGGAACACCAGGCAGACAACGAAGGCGAGCUGCACUCCAAUGCACAUGGGGACGACCAGCCCAGGCCUACUGAGAAUGUACAUUUUGUUGGUGGAGAAAGACCGACGGUCGAGACCAACAUUGAGUCGGCCGCAUCAGCUCAUCAGCAGGGCGAAGUGCAAAGCUCUCCAACGGCGAAAGUGAAGGGGUGGAUCAAAACCCGAUUCUCUCGUGGCAAAUCUUUCGGCGAGCACGACCAGAAAAGACGUAGUUUCUUUGGCGGUGCGUCGAUGAAGGAUCACGCCACCGCCGCCACUGGUAACGGAAGCGUUGGCAGCAUCGAAAAUCGAUCCUCGAGCAUGCACGACGUUGCUCUAGCAGGGAAAGCUGACGAGCAAAAUGACAAGGCAGAGGUCAAUGUCAAGGACGAACAUGGGGAAUCCGCGCAGCACUUUGCUGCAACCGACUCUCGAGGUGUCAGCCCGGUGAGCACGUCUCAAGACGAUGAGAGAGAGCUCGGGGAAGAGCUGCAGGAUGAAGAUUUGCCGCAGAAGAAGGAAGAGGAUCGCCAAAGUCGUAAAGCGAGCAUGGCGCCGCCUCGACCCAUUGAGGAUCCUGUAGCCCGUACCAGCAGCAGCCCAACCCGUGAUUCACGUUUCCGCGAAGAGAUGGAUCAGUAA